AUGGCAAAUAGGUGGUGGGCUGACAAUGUGGUGAUGAAUCCGAUGUCACUAUCUUCUGCUCCGUCUCUCCACUUAAGAAACCCUGAUGAAGAUGAAAAUGCUGGAUUGAACCGCCGUGGACAGCGGCGGAGGAGAGAGCAAGAAUUCAUGGACACAACCGCUAAUGCAUCAAAUAGCAGUGGAAGCCAUGCCAAUCAAAACCCUAGCUCCAUCAACCACAACCCUGAAGACAGAGAUAUCGAAGAAAACGAUCACGAAGCUGAAGAUGGUCAGAACCCUGCUGGAGAUCUUGAAAUCUCGGACCGGAGUGGCUCGGGCGGACGCCGACCUAGAGGAAGGCCACCUGGGUCCAAGAACAAGCCCAAACCUCCAGUUGUUAUAACAAAAGAUAGUCCUAAUGCGCUUCGAAGUCAUGUCUUGGAAAUCAGUAGUGGCAGCGACAUUGCCGAGACAAUUUCAACCUUUGCGCACAGUCGCUGCUGUGGUGUUUCAGUUUUGAGUGGCAGUGGAAUUGUGACCAAUGUGACAUUGCGCCAGGCGGCUGCACCUGGUGGGGUGAUAACUCUUCACGGUCGAUUCGAGGUUUUGUCGUUAUCCGGGGCAUUCUUGCCGGCACCUUCUCCGCCAGGAGCCACGGGACUCACGGUGUACUUGGCAGGUGGUCAGGGGCAGGUGGUCGGCGGCACUGUAGUGGGUGCAUUGAGGGCAUCGGGUCCCGUGAUGAUAAUUGCUGCCACAUUUACAAAUGCAACAUAUGAAAGGUUGCCUCUGGAGGAGGAGGAACCGGUGUCCGUUGACGGGACGCAAUUACAACCAACUUCAGGGGUUAAUACUGGAACAAGUGGUGGCACGACAGGAUCUCAGCCACAGGCUUUUGCUGCUGAUCCGCCAUCGUCCUCCAUGUCUUUGUAUAACCUGCCACUGAAUUUGCUGCCCGAUAGUCAGAUGCCGCCUGAUGUUUUCUGGGCUCCGUCGCGUCCUCCACCGUCUUAUUGA